GGGAGCGAGAGUUUUGACACUUUGUGGGAGGGAGGGAUCUUGUGAUGUUGAAACACACCCUUCUGGAAAGACUCCCUUAUAACCGAGCUUUGAGGCUGACAGUAAAACAGAGGCUGGCACAGAGCAAGAAAGAGGUGUAUCACAGUUACAGUGGACCUGAUACUUUCAUACUACAGCUGAGCAGUGUUAUCCUUGUCAGCUUGAGGACUUUCUCUGAGUUUCACUGCACAGUAUUAGAAACUUGCCUGACCACCACUGCUGCUCACUUCCCUUCCUGUCCUGAAGUGCUUCUUCAGAGAACAGUAUGGGCCUCCAAUCAGACUCUACCCUCCAAGCUAUCCUCCUCUUUCCAAUCCACCUACUGGUGUGGCUGUACUCCGUUUUGUCCUUCCUGCCUUGGUACUUCAUCACUGGUGCCGGGGAAAGACAAGCUCAGUCCAAGCGGAUAAAAGCACGUUCAACUACAAGCAGUCCUGAGGGGCCGUAUCGCUCAGUGGACCACUUUGAUUCCCUGGCCACAGAGGAUUUCCCUGGCAAGGACACCUUGGAUAAGCUGUUCAACCAUGCCGUGCAGCGCUUUGGACAAGGAUGCUGCCUCGGCACCCGAGAUGUACUGAGCGAAGAGAAUGAGAUCCAGCCAAGUGGAAAAGUAUUUAAAAAGCUAAUCCUGGGGGAGUACAGAUGGCUCUCCUACGAUGAUGUUGACUCCAUAGUCAGCCAGUUUGGCAAUGGAUUGGCGGCUCUGGGGCAACAGCCCAAAAGCAGUAUUGCAAUCUUUUGUGAAACCAGAGCAGAGUGGAUGAUCACUGCUCAGGCAUGCUUCAGGAGAAAUUUCCCAUUGGUGACAUUCUAUGCCACUCUGGGGGAUGAAGCUAUUGCAUUUGGACUGAAUGAGACGGGAGUCACACAUCUAGUAACCAGUGUGGAACUGCUUGAGAAUAAACUGAAGAAUGUGCUUCCACUGAUCCCCAAAUUGAAGCAUGUGAUCUAUGUGGACCAGAAGAAAGUGAGCACAGACGGCUACCCAGCAGGACUGUCCAUCCACAGCAUGCAGGCUGUACAAGAGCUGGGCUCACUGCCCGAGAAUAUGGAGAGGCCGAUAGUGAAGCCUCAGCCUUCUGAUCUGGCUGUGGUGAUGUACACCAGUGGCUCUACUGGCAGACCCAAAGGAGUCAUGAUUGUUCACCGCAACCUGAUAGCAGGAAUGACUGGACAGUGUGAACGCAUCCCUGGACUUGGACCUGAUGAUACCUACAUAGCCUAUCUGCCUCUAGCUCAUGUUCUUGAAAUGACAGCCGAGAUCUCCUGCGUCACGUACGGUUGUCGGAUUGGAUACUCAUCUCCCCAGACGCUGUCGGACCAGUCCACUAAGAUAAAGAAAGGGAGUAAAGGUGAUUGCUCUGUACUCAGACCCACCCUGAUGGCAGCUGUGCCGGAAAUCAUGGAUCGCAUCAACAAGAAUGUGAUGAGCAAAGUGCAGGAAAUGAAUUUUAUCCAGAAGAAGCUGUUUACGCUGGGCUACAACUAUAAACUAGAUCAGAUAAAGAGAGGCUAUGAUGCACCUUUGUGCAAUGCCUUGUUGUUCAAGAAAGUGAAGAAACUACUAGGAGGACGAGUGAGGAUGAUGUUGUCCGGAGGCGCUCCCUUGUCCGCAGCCACUCAACGGUUUAUGAAUGUAUGUUUCUGUUGUCCCGUGGGUCAGGGCUAUGGACUCACUGAAACCUGUGGAGCAGGCACCAUCACAGAAGUUGCAGACAUUAGCACUGGUCGUGUUGGAGCUCCACUUAUCUGCUGUGAGAUCAAACUCAGGGACUGGGCUGAAGGUGGUUACACCAGCCAAGAUAAGCCGAAUCCAAGAGGAGAGAUCCUGAUAGGCGGUCCCAAUGUAACCAUGGGCUACUACAGGAAUGAAAGCAACAACCAGGACUUCUUUGUCGACGAGGAAGGACAGAGAUGGUUCUGCACCGGAGACGUAGGGGAGGUUUAUCCUGAUGGAUGUCUACAAAUAGUGGAUCGCAAGAAGGACUUGGUGAAACUGCAGGCCGGGGAGUAUGUGUCGCUCGGUAAAGUCGAGUCAGCUCUGAAAAACUGCUCUCUUAUAGACAACAUCUGUGCUUACGCAAAUAGUGAACAAAACUACGUAAUCAGCUUUGUGGUUCCCAAUCAGAAAAAGUUAACAGAAAUGGCCAAGCAGAAAGGCAUUGUGGGAACAUGGGAGGAGCUCUGCACUCACCCUGACAUGGAAAGGGAAGUUCUGAAGGAAAUAAAGGAAGUCGCUGUUAACAUUAAACUCCAACGAUUUGAGAUUCCAGUCAAAGUGCAUCUGAGCCCAGAGCCGUGGACCCCAGAGACGGGUCUGGUCACAGACGCAUUCAAGCUGAAGAGGAAAGAGCUGAAGAACCACUAUCUCCACCACAUAGAGAGAAUGUACGGGGGCAAAUAACUCCCAAUAAAGCUACCCAUAACCCUGUUACCAUGAAACCACUCUUUUUCAUCUGUAAAUAAUCCUCCGGUACCUUGUUGGAUAUUUAUGCUGUUUGUGUAGCGCAGGCGUCCAAAUGAAAGUGUCUUGAUUAAGAGAGCUAAGGCUGUAGGUAGUUGUAGCUGUUCAUCCACGUGUGCUUCUUUCUUCUUUUCGUGGUUUGAUUGUCAAAUAGAUGCACACAACUGGCAACUUUUAGCCUAUGAAGAGUGUCCAAAACCAUUUUAGCACUUGACUGCCAUCCACUCUAAUCUGUCAGCAUGAAGUUUGAAGUUGAUUAAGAGAACCACUGUCCUCCACGUGUUGCCAAUGCUUUGAUACUUUCAAUGAAGAUGCCAGCUGUAAACAUAACAGGCUUGUAAAUGCAUUUUUGUAAAGUUGGAGUCCCAUUGUUACCGUGCCUUCAGUCUGCAGUACCUGUGUAGUCAAGCAGAAAUAAGCAGGAUUUAGAUUUAGAUGAAUCGUUUACGCUUUUGUUACAAAAUGGCUCAAACUGCCAUGUAAAGUUUACGGCUUCAGGUCAAAUAUACCCAUGAGAAACAUUGACACUGAUCAAGAAGGAGGAAGAAGGUUUCUUAUGAUCAUGUCUACUUAUCCAUUUUUUUUAUUUUGACCCAUUUUUGUUUUAUUUAUGCUAUUGUUCUUGUGUCCGUUCAUUCAAAAAUAAGACCAAAAUGUGCAAACAUUUAAACUCAGGAAGAUAAGCAAAUGUUUUCUUUAUAUGAAAUAGUCAAAUAGUGGGUUGCUUGUAUGGAAGGCACCUCAAUGAUUCAUGUGGGCACCUUAUUUAUUUAAAAGCAUGCUUCUCUAAAAUGCUUAUUGGCAUCAGCUAUUUAGUGCUAGCAUACUGUCAUGCUGUUAUACCUCAGUUAACAGGUCAAUGUACAAUUUGAUAUAAGAUUAUCUGAAGCUAAGUCUUUUUUAAUAUUAUAGGAGUGUUUUCUAUGUAUUUUUCAAGUGGUGUGUUUGUGGA